AUGAACACCUUCAAGACAAAACAGACUUAGUGUACAGUGAUAGUCGGAAACAUGGGCUCAAGGGAAACAAUUUGAACCAAUGUGUAUUAGUCCAAUCUAUGUGUAUGGCUAUAAAUUUUAGUUGAGGAAGUUCUACAGUAAGCUCAAAGUUUAUUCGUUAAUGAACAAGAACGUUCUACUUGACAAGAAGAGAACAUAAUGAGGAAUAGCCGCCAUUUGAAGGUCAUCACUUCUCAAAUUGAAAAUUUGGAAGAUUUAAAAAGCCAACUGGAAACGAUUGGAACCCAUGUCUUAACAGUGAUUGAAAAAGCUGAGCUAUGGAUUGAAGAGAAAGAAAAUGAUUUCACUUUUUUAGAAAUGAGCCAAUUCCUGACGAACGAAACGUCAAAGUUUAUCAUGAAGUGUCAUAACAUCGCAAGUGACAAUAAUGAAUCAGCUAAAGCAAUGUCUACAAGCAGGCUUUCAGUGGAGACUUCUCUAUCUGGGUCAUGCACCACUAACCGAGAUGAAAAAGAAUUUGAAAUGUUAAAAGAAAGACUUGAGAAAAUGGAGAAAACUAUAUCGACUCACUCCAGAAAAUAUAAAACUGUAAAUCAGAAAUUGAAAGAUCUGGAGAACUAUAGCGAAACAAUACAUAGUCAAACAGAACAGAAUGAUUGGAUAAUGCAGGAACUCAACUCUGCUAGCGAAUUUAUGACACAGAUCCAGUCUGAGAAUGAACUGUUGACUGAGAGAAUCACCAGCCAUGAACACAGUGUGUCCAAGUUGAAUGGUGUGUCAGAGAGUUGGCAGCUGAAACAGAAACGUCUAGAAGAACAAAUUGAACAGCUCCAGAAGACAAUACAGACCAAUGAAAAGUCAAACAGUAUGAAAGUUGAAGAACUUGGAAAAGAGGUUCAUGUUACUAAUCUUGCCAUAAAUUCUUCAAAUAAAAAGUUUAUUGUUUUACAAGACAAUGUUACAGCUUUAGGCGUCAAGGUAGGUGAUGUCUCCUUGGAAAUGCAAACUUUAUGCAAAAAGGUUGAAGAAAUAGCAUCUAAAGUUUACCAAUUCAAAGAGAAAAGUCUGGCACAGAGCAGUAAUACAGCUACAGACAAACCAUUGGAUUAUUGCCAAUUACAAGAUGUUUUGAAUCAAGUUGUCCUAUUAAUGGAAAACACUAAAGAUUAUCCGUCAAUGUAUGUUGUCUUUAGCGCGCAUGUUGACCUGAAAACAACGGAGUGGACUUUGAAGAAAAACAUGAUAGUCAACUGUUUCAGAGCUGUCUCGUACAGCCUGGGUGGCUACGACCCCAAGACAGGAAUUUUCACAGCGUCCUGCUAUGGUAUUCAUAGAUUUCGUGUGUCCAUUUGCACCAGCACUGACCAGCAUAUCCAGUUAGGUCUUUUCAAAGAGGAUAUUAAUCAGACCUAUCAGACAGGGUAUCAGUAUUACCCACAAGUAGGCAAAAUACCCCCACCUCAAAGAAAAUCAUCGAAUAGCAGAAACAGAAAACCUCACCAAAUGUCAAAAAGUUUUGGUCAAUGUGACCCUGAAGACGUUGGUGAGUUUGACGACGAUUUUAUUAUUAGUGGAAAUUUGGAUCAAAGCCAAUGUAGUGACGAGACGUUGGUGGCGACAUCUUUGGACCAGGUGGAGAAAACCGAGAGAAUGAGUCGUAUCUUGUGUAAUGUGCAACUUAACCAAGGAGACAAGCUGUAUGUUAAAUCUCUAACUACUUGUCCGAAUCUGCAAUUAAAUUCUUAUUCUCAAUUCAAAUGUUCUUUUCUCGUUUAAAUAUGAUGAACGAACUUUGGUUAAUUUCCGUAAAAAUAUGGAAAACAAUGGACACAUUCAUAAAAUCUAGAUCGAGAAAUAUUUUUUUGCAUCUAUUUUUAACUGUGCCUGUCUGUCUGGUAAAAGGUUCGAGCAAUCUCGGAUCAAGUUGAAAUUUUACAGGGCAGAAUUUAAGCAGGUGAAGACCUUGGAGGCCCUAAUAUGCGUUGGAAGUAUUAAAUAAAAUUUCUUUAACUUAUGCUAAGGCAAUGACAUUAUAAUGCUUGUAUAUUUAAUCUCAUUUUCCUUUUUUUUACAUUUAUUUUACAUAUUUUUAGAUGUUUUUUUUAGCUUCUUAACUAGAGGAGGUCUUUAUUUAAGGUGAGGACCUUUGAGAUUGCACCGUAUUUACCUGCUAUAAAUCUGAUUUUUUAGGGCCGACCUUGGAUAACUGGAAGCCCAACGCGAAUGGAAUUUUGUGUCCUCAAAUGAAAUAGAAAAGCAAAAGCUAGAUAAAGAAAAACAAAUACGCAAUUUAUUAAAAACUAAGUGUACUCCAACAAUAACAUUGAGGACAAGUUCCGAUAUUUCUUAUCCAACAAAAAAAUUUCCUGUGAGCGGCCUCCACCAAUCGGAUAUCUUAAA